AUGCUCGAGUUCAUGCAGACCGUCGAGAGACUCGAGGCCCUGAAACGAUCCCAGGAAUCAACAGCAGCCGUUGGAUCAUCAGGACAACCGGAAGGAAGCUCAGUUCCAACCGUUAGAUCCACACCACAAGCCAGCUCCACCGUCGAUCUCCCCGCGGAUUUCGACCCGUUCGCCAGCCCUGUGGGCCAGUUCAUGCGCGGCGUGCUGCGAUUCUCCAAGAUCCUGGUCGCAGCAGUCAACGGGCCCGCCAUCGGGAUCGGCGUGACGCUCCUUCCGCACUGCGACCUCGUAUUCGCCGCGGAUUCCGCCACGUUCUGGGUGCCGUUUCUCCGCAUCGCGCUCGUUCCCGAGUUUGGCUCGUCCGUCACUCUCCCGCAGCUGCUUGGUCGACCCCUGGCGAACGAUCUCCUGCUGACGUCGCGGGUGCUCACUGCGGACGAGGCGUGCAGAAACGACGUGCUGGCGAUUCUCUCCGACAUCCAGCAGCAGGCUCUCGUCCAACAGUCCCUCCCCAUCUUCAAGCGCAUGCUGCGCCAGCCACUGGGUGACUCAGCGCCACGACAGCCUGACAUGGAGGCGGUAGUGGCGGAGGAGCUGCGGCAGCUGGCUCGGAGACAGAUGGCAGGGGAGACAGGGUAUGCUAUGGCAGGGGAGAUGGGGUAUGGUGUGAGGGAGACCAUGAAGGCCAUGCGAGCUGCCAAGGGGAAUGGCAAGGCAGCUGGGUCUCGAAGCAAGCUGUAG